UGCACGUGUGUGUGUGUGUCCCAUCAAUCUUUCCCUGGUGCGUGAACGCGCGCUGCAAUUGUGAUCGGCGCGCGAUUGAUGGUGAUGAUGAGAGCGUGACCUCACCGCUUUCUGCACAGCUGCUGGAGAGAGAGAGAGAGGGAGAGAGAGGUACGCACACAGAGGGAGAGUGGGAGGACGAGAGGCUCAGAAACAAGUUGGGGGAGACACGGAGAGGAUCGGACCAGCGGAGACACUCACAACACAACACGGGACUUCGUUGCUCGGCGCACGGGGGACUCCGUCGCGGAGGCGUCCGUGAGCUGCUUCCCGCCGCUGCGCUCCGCUGCGCUCCGCUGCUGCCCGGCAUGCUCUGUGCCCCCGGCGGCGGCUCCUUCCUUCUUCUUCGGUCCACUAACCAGUCCCCGCGGCGUCCCCACGGCCACUGAAGCCCAGAUGCUCACCCUCUCCGCCGACAUGGACGAGUCCUCGUCGCUGCUGGAUCUGCUGGAGUGCUCGGUGUGCCUGGAGCGCCUGGACACCACGGCCAAGGUGCUGCCGUGCCAGCACACCUUCUGCCGCCGCUGCCUGGAGAACAUCGUCAGCUCCCGGAACGAGCUGCGCUGCCCGGAGUGCCGCAUCCUGGUGGACUGCGGGGUGGACGACCUGCCCGCCAACAUCCUGCUGGUCCGCCUUCUGGACGGCAUCAAGCAGCGGCCGCAGCGAGGAAGCAUCAGCGGGGGAGGCGGAGGAGUGGGAGCCGGCGGCAGGCAGUCCCUGGCCGGCGGCUCCCUGCAGGGUUACGCGGCCGGGCUGUCCGCCUCCCCUCCGGGCAGCGCGAUCCGAGAGCUGCCUGUGCCCACCCGGAGCUCCCCUGUGAAGGUGGAGAUUAGUUUCUGCUCUCACUGUGGCGGCAGCACCGGAAAACAGGGAGACACUGAUACUUUUAAAAAUAUCCCUGCGCUUCCUUGUGGGAAGGCCCUCUACUCCUAUGAGGGAAAAGAACCAGGCGACCUCCAGUUUUCCAAGGGUGACAUCAUCAUCCUGCGACGCAAGGUGGACGACAACUGGUACCACGGCGAGCUCAACGGGUGCCACGGUUUCCUGCCCGCAAGUUACAUCCAGUUGUUGCGUCCCCUGAGCCAGACACCACCACAGGGCAAGGCACUGUACGACUUUGAGGUGAAAGACAAAGACCAGGAUAAAGACUGUCUGGCCUUCAGCAAGGAUGAGGUACUGACAGUAAUCAGGCGAGUGGACGAGAACUGGGCAGAGGGCAUGCUGGGAGACAAGAUUGGCAUCUUCCCUAUUCUCUACGUGGAGCUCAACGAAACAGCAAAGCAGUUGAUGGAGAUCGACAAACCUCCGCCAACGAAUGCUCCAGGUCCAAGCUCUGAACCCGCCCCUUUGGGCCCCUGCUCUCCUGGCCCCUCACCCAGUGCCUCCCCGUCAAAUGGGAACGGCUCUGGCCAUCGGCGAGGCGAAGGAAAGAAAAACGCUAAGAAGCGACAUUCGUUUUCGGCGCUGUCCGUCAGCCAAAGGGCAGCCCAGCUCAACAACAGGCAUAGCAUGGAGAUCUCCCACCCGGUGCUUAUCAGCUCCUCUGACCCCAGAGCUGCUGCACGCAUCCAGGAUGCUUCUCCCCCUGGUCCCUCUCCCUCAUCGACAGGGAUACUGGUGCCCCCCAAAGUGGCAUCCAUCACCUCUGAGCUGCUGGCCCAUGCCAAGGUGCAGCUGCCACUCAACAUAUAUCUGGCUCUGUACGCCUACAAGCCACAGAAGGCUGACGAGCUUGAACUUAGGAAAGGGGAGAUGUAUCGGGUGACGGAGAAGUGUCAAGAUGGAUGGUUCAAAGGCACCUCGCUGAGAACAGCUGCCUCCGGUGUCUUCCCAGGAAACUAUGUCACCCCGGUGUCCAGGGCUCCAUUCGGAGUGGGUGGUACUCGCAGCUCGUGUCUGUCCAGUCCAGUUGGUGGGGGAAGUGGAUGUAGUCAGGUGGGGAGUAAAAUCCCUGACCCUUCGUCUCCAGGAUCCCCAGGGCCCUCUUUGCCCCGUCCCUCCACCCCACUGGUAAACUCAGCCAACUCUAUUAACGCCGUCAGCCCCGCCUCCUCGCCGCAAACUGCCGCCGCCCAGCUGAAGAACUGCCUGCGAUCGAGCCAACACACAAACCAGGCACGCACCUCAAUGCAGCUGGUACACAGUCCCCCUGCUGGAAGCCCAGAGCGCCCCACGGUGGCCAUUUCACCUCUGCGUCCUCAGAGCUCCUCCCCCUCGCGUUGCCCCGGCCAGUCGGGUCGUCCUCUCUCCAUGGUGUCUCCGGGACCCAGCUUAGGGCCCUCACCCCUCUCCUCCCCAGCCUCGCGGCCCCUCCUGCCGCUCUCAUCACCCCUCUCGUGUCUUACGCCUCCCAACGUGUCGGCGGUGCUCCUCAACGGCGAGUCGGCCAUUCCGCUGCAGCCGCCAUUGCCAGGCCCCUCCCACGCCCCCGCCCAGGGCGCCCUUGCACCCAAACCAGAGAAGAAGGAGAGGAAAGCAGGAGGUUUAUUGAAGCUUUUAUCUGGAGCAGCGUCCAAAAAGAAACCUCGCUCGCCUCCCUCCUCCCCGCCCACCCACAACCCCGCAACGGAUCCCGCGCACCAUCCUCACCACCACCACCACCACCACCACGCUCGCUCAGGUUCCUGCCCAAUGGCGUCGCACGGGCGAGCCGGCUCCUGUCCAAUUGAGAGCGACAUGGCUGGGGCGAUAGGGCUGGAGCCGCUGCACAGGAAAUCCGGGUCCCUGGAUACCAACUUCCCCUUGUCGCCCCCGGCAACACGCACAGCUGGCAACCCUCUGUUGGUGCUGCGGCCUGAACCCAAACCCCUGUCCAGAGAGAGGUAUCGUGUGGUGGUGCCCUACCCCCCGCAGAGCGAGGCAGAGAUCGAGCUGCGGGAAGGAGACGUGGUGUUCGUCCAUAAGAAGCGGGAGGACGGCUGGUACAAAGGCACGCUGCAGAGGACGGGGCAGACCGGUCUGUUUCCCAGCAGCUUCGUCGAGAUCUUCUGAACUGGAAAAAGUGGACAAAAGAACACACACACUGUUUCUGAGUCACACAACACACACACAAACAGGCUUCCAGGUCACACAGAUGCAGACACACACACAAGGGUUGGGCCGAUAUUGGUUUUGGAUUAAAUGUGGCCUUAAAAAGAUGCUAGCCCUGAAAAAAAAAAUAUAUAUAAGUCUGGAUUUGAAUUUAUUUUUGGGUUUUAAAGCUUUUUAUCACAAAACAUUGACCUUGAAAUGAAAACAUAUUUAAUGCUGUCACAAAGCAACAUUAAUAUUAUUGACAUUAAUAACAUUAAUAAUAUCUUUAUUUUAAUAGCACUUCUCAAAACAAAGUUAUAAAGUCCUCACAAAUCAAACAUGUAAGUAAAAACACAUAAAUAUAACAUAAAAACACAAAGAAUAAAAACAUUCACUGUGUGACAGAAAUGUAUGACCAGCGAAGCUUUGAUUCAAAGGAAGCUACUGACUCAGCCUGCCUACUAGUUUACAGAAACCCAUAUAGGUCCAACCUACUUUCACACACACGCACACAUGCACACAGGAAAGCUAGCUCCAGCUUCGACCAGCCCAGCCACAUAGGAAGCUGGGCGGCUUUUCCAGUCGAUUGCCCGCGACAGCGUUCUGGUCCUCGUCCACCUCGUUGCGCGGGCUCGUGAUGUUGACUACUGAAGGCACACAGACUCAAAGAGCACAGAAAGACUAAAGCCCGCCUCCCAGCUCUCCCCUCCUCGCCAUCAUCCACCAGCAAACACUAGCACAAAAAAGGCAUUAGCUCUGCUUUUCCGCUGAGACCUCAGAACUUGAAUUCGGGUGCUGUCUUUGUUCGAAGCGUUUGGAAAACUUUACCGCCGGUUGAUGAGGCAAGCGUGUGAGCCCACACGCCGUGAUCAUUGUAAGCACAUAUCUGUGUCUAGUUUGUGACAACAAGCACAUGUGUUUCCUUUCGAUAUAUGUUAAAUGCAUGUAGCAUUAUGUUUUUUUGUAUAUGUUGAAAUAGAUGUUUGUGUUGUCCCAAACUAGCCAUGCUGUGAUGAUCGGUCACAGGAUUUGUCAUCUUAAAACCAAUUGGUGCAAAAAGUAAAAUAUGACUUAAAUGAUUCAUUUUUUCUAUUUAUAUAUAUCUUAUAUAAAAUUUCUACGACCAUUUUUAAUUUGCAUUUCUUCGUAGACCUCUCGCGGCUGCAUUGACCUGAGAGAACUGGUUUUGCUGAAUGUACGAAGAGAGAGAGUGACGCCAAAACUGAAAAUGGAUUUGUAUUUAUAGAGUUGUGUUUUUAACUUGAAAAUGGAAUUAGAGAAAGAAAUGCACUUGAUUAUAUCUGAUACAACUUGCCAAUAUAUCGACCUACACAGUAUUUUACACACUUAUUUGACAAAAGGGAUUUCCAUUGCUACUUUUCAUCUAUUUUAAGAGGAAGCCCAUUUUUCUUUUAUGCUGGCACAAAUCCCUUUGGUAGGAAGAAAAUCAUCACUGAACAACAACAGGAAUUCCUUUUCCUCAGCCUUUUCUGGAGAUACUGUUGAAAGUUUGUUUUUCAGCAAUAUUGUAGAUCAAAAUGUGCAGUUUUGAAGCCUGUGGAAGAAUGUUCAGUCGAGGCGGAAACCCCCCGUGAGUUCGAGGGCAGGGACGCACAAAUUUUCAUCACACGACUGCCAAACUUUGACGACUUUUCCUCCUCAUCUGUUCGACCUCUAACAAGUAUUUUUGUACGGCUUCAGUCGGUGUAUUGUCAGUCUGCUUUGUGAAUUUCUACGUUCCUGAGUGUUCGAGGGUAUUCAGGCUCGUCUAGUUUACAUCCAGCCACAACCAUCUACCUUUAUUUUUCUGGAGAUAGAAGCACAGCGAAACUCAAAAGCUUGACUUACUCAGUGUGCGUGUGUGUGGCAAUAAAAGAACAGUUAUAGGGCAGCAGUGGAUUUCCUCACCUGUUUUUUUCUUUUUUUUAAACGGGGCCAGAACAAAGCACAAACUGCCACUUGCCCUGUGCACACAGGUGAGGCUCACUCAUUGGCUGAGCACAUGUUUGUCUUAUUGUAAUCAAAUCAUAACCAAGUGAGAAGAGUCGGUCAAUCAGCACUUGUGAGUCACCUUGGAUAAAGACAAUUGUUGUGUCCUAAAUCACCCACUCUUCCAUCCAUUCUAAAUUUUAAUUAACAAGAGCACAAUGCAUGAUGGUAUAUAUCGCUCAGUAAGUGAGCGUUGGUUAUGCUGUACUUUUCAUGAUGCAUUGUGGGAUACAAUGCGUGCACUAAACAGGUAUAAUAUAUAAAUCAUUUGACCAAACAUUGGGACAGCACUACAAAAAAGCAAACUCACUUCAUAGUGAUUAGUGAGUGAUUUUGGACACAGCCAAUAAAUUACAGAUGAUAAAUCAGAAGCACAAGUGCAGCAGAAAACUUCAAGCUUGAACAAAAUGAGCGCAGGAAAUUUGUAUUCACUUAGUUUUACCAUGAUUAGAUUGUUGGGAGAAAUAAUUAAAUCCUAAUCCGUUGAACAGUGAAAGAAAGUGAACAAAAACAUGGAGGUGAGACGAAUCUCACAGUGAAAAGCGUCUACGAAACAGUCAAACCCUAGUGCCUACAAAUGCCAAAACACACACACACACACACACACACACAAACUGUAUCUAACACAGCAGCCAGUCUUUCGUCUCAAUCUCCUUCGUCGAUACGAUGAGCCUGCUGGUUGUUGUUUUACUUUUUUGCUCGACUCAACGAUUAAAAAACCAGCAGGUCCCAGAGCAGCUCGGCACAAACACCCGAGCGAGACUUUCUCCAUGUGUUUAUACGGCCGCUGAACAGAGGACUCUCAUUUCUACUGAGUCAAACUAAAGCACAAGUCCUCAUUUGUGUCGGAGGUGAACGGGUCUCGACUGUCUUUUCUUUUUUUCUUGUCACGAGGUUGAUGCUGUGAGGAGGAGGAGGAGCGUUUACAAGAGUCAAAACAUCAGGAAUACAACCACUGCACAGUGGUCACUUUACAUAAGGUUUCACUCAUUUCUUCUUUGUGUUUUUAUUGUUUACGUGAUGUGAGCUUGUCUUUUGGCCUCAGCUUCCUGGUUGUAAAUACCACUCGAGUGCUCAUGGUGACGGCUUGAAACACGUGAACGAUCUAAUAACAGCGGCGCUAAUUCCCGCUGGAUGUGGACACAACACAUCAUUGCACACAUUUUUUUUUCAUUGGACAUUUGGAAAAUUGCUGUCCUCUUCCUUCCAGGAAGCCAGAGCACUCGCCCAGCCAUCUUGAAUUAGAUGUCAGCCAUAUUUGUUCCUAUGGAUACGUGUGUGCGUGCGUGUGCGUGUGAGGGACGGGAGCCUCUGUAUGUAGCUCUUUACAGGAAAAAGGAAACUUUACGACAAAAUGCGGCUUGGACGCUCAUGCCUCAUCGGGUCUCUAGAGUCAGUUUGUUUGAGAACAGCGGUGCAGCAAACGAGAAAUUGAGAGAAAAAAAGAAGAAAGUAUAUAUAUAAUUCUAUAUUGUGCAGAAUAUUUAUAGGCCUUUUGUGCCAUUGAAGUCAUGCUCUGCGCUGACCGUGCCCAGCGCUCUACCAUGUGAUCAUUAUACAUCGUCCUGUACUGAUGACCCGUGGUUGAUUUGAUUGUUUUUUUCAUGUCAAGUG